AUGACGAACCGGCGCCGACUACCUGACAAUCACUUGGAUGUCUCUUCUGGUGAUGUUUCUCGCUCCCAGGAACGCAUGCUCUUGCGCAUGCACAAGCUUGCACAUGGGGGUGACUACCCCGGUCGUGAGGACGACGCCGCUGCCGUGCUUGCGUACUGCAGGAUCUGGAAGGCUGCUGCACUGCCGGGCACUGGGCGACAAGCGGCAGGUGAGCCGGUGGGGGCCUCGCCAGGCGCAAAGUCUGCGUCCCUGGCGACGGCGGUCUCACUGGGUGCGCCACAGGGGCCGGCCACGCAAGAGGUCGGUUCUCUAGUGGCUGCUCCCACGGCCCUGCAACAUCAAGAACCCGUAGCCACGCCAGUUUCUGCCUCGCCCUGCGCGAGGGACAUCCCCGCGGUCUGGGCGGGUGCAAAGCCAGCUCAAGAGGCCGCCGUGAUUGCCGCCGACGACGAUUUGCCCUACGCAAAUCUUGCGGAGGCCAUUGCUGACGCCGACAGAUGUGACGCUGACGCUGCUCGUGCGCUCCGGAAGCGCCGUGCUGACGCGGCUGACGACUCUGACGUCCGCUCCCUAGCCUCCGACACGGCUCGGCCGCGGAAGAAGGCCACUAAAUCCUCCCGCGCCGCCGCUGCCUCUGCGGCCCGGACGGUCGCGCCAACGGUGUGCGCGAGGGAGCAGCGGUCCUCCACAGGGCCUGCUGCUUGGCGCCACCGACAGGCCGUGCUGGGUAUGCUGAAGCUGGGAGAGGCAGUCCGGGAGGAGCUGGAAGUGGCGCGAGAUGUGUCUGUCGCUGGGCCCGAAAUGGAGGGCGGAAUGAUGGGGUGA